CUCCUGUCCCUUCUUUCUUCAUAACUCAUCAUUCUUGGACACCAUCUCCCCAUCGCCUUUAAGUCGUCAAAACAUCUCAAAGUACCAUGCACCCGCGGCGCAAUCACCUCGGCGUCUAUACGUCGCGCGACCCCUCGCCUGCGCCGCCUUACGACCCACCCCGCUCGCCCAACAGCUUCAUGUCCCCGUCCGAGACACGCCGGUCACUGUCCCCCCUCCCACCCCCUCGCAGUCCCGUUCCCCCUUCGCCUUACUCCGCUACCCCGCCUUCAUACGCACCUUACCCCUCGGCGCCGUCGACCAUGGCACCCUCCACGAUCGCCCCGACGCAGAUAUCCCGCGCCUCAUCUGCACUUCCACACUUUGAGGCGGCUCUCGCCAGAGCUCGCGGGGAAACACCUCCCGUUCUGCCCCCUAUUACGCCCGUGAGCUUCACAUCUCAGGCCGUACCCCAGCCCGCCCCAUCGUACCUCCCACCACAGGACCCCAAUCACCCGGACCUUAGUGUGGGUUUCACCCAGUCGCACACUAUUCGUCUUGCCCAGGACAGUCGGUACCGCCGCGAACCAUCCCGGUCUCCGUCUCCCGGCUUUGAUGACUCCGUGCGGUACAACUUUGGAAAUGGCACCGACGUCGAAAAGGCGCUGCUGUCGGACAAUGACCGGGAUGAUCUCCUUUACGGCAACCACACCGCACCCCACACCCCAGCUCCCGCCUCACGUCUCUCUUACAUGACCACUGGCGAGGCUCCUGAUGCCAACGGUGACCUCUCACUUCACGGUAUGGGGCGGUUGCCGCCUGUCAGCGACCGCUCCUCGAUUUACAAGGCCCCAUUGGACGGCUUCGAGCCGGUUCCUCUCGUUGAAGGCCAGGAAGAUCCGGACGCGACGCAGCACUUCGGUCCUGCCCCAGAGGGCAGAGUGGGCCGGCGCACUCACAACGCCAUCCGUAAGCGUGUCAAGAAGCUCGUGACCCUCGACGAGUCGGACAUGCUCUCCGUUGAGAUGCCGAUUCCGACUCGUCUCGCCCAGUUCCUGCCUGUCAAGGGCGUUGAAGAGCAGAAGACGACACGGUACACUGCCGUGACCACUGACCCCGAUGGGUUUGCCGUUUCGGGAGCCCGUCUGCGUCAGAACAUGUUCAACCCGCCGCGCGCGACUGAGCUCUUCGUUGUCAUCACAAUGUACAACGAGGAUGCCAACCUGUUCUGCCGCACACUGUACGGCGUCAUGAAGAACAUUGCGCAUAUGUGCGGACGCCAGAACUCUCGCGUUUGGGGCCCUAAUGGCUGGAAGAAGAUCGUGGUGUGCAUCGUCGCCGACGGCCGCAAGAAUGUCAAUCCUCGCGUUCUCGACUGCCUCGCUGCUCUCGGCGUUUACCAGGAGGGUGCCAUGACCAACCGCGUCAAGGAGAAGCCUGUUACGGCGCACGUGUUUGAGUACACAACCAGCUUCGCGCUCGACCCCGAUCUGCACUUCAAGUACCCGGACAAGGGAAUUGUUCCUUGCCAGAUCAUCUUCUGCAUGAAGGAAAAGAACGCCAAAAAGAUCAACUCACACCGCUGGUUCUUCAACGCGUUCGGCCCGCUGCUCCAGCCCAACGUCUGCAUUUUGCUUGACGUUGGCACCAUGCCCGGCCCCAAGUCGCUCUACCACCUCUGGAAGUCUUUCGACCGCCACUCUAACGUUGGCGGCGCGUGUGGAGAGAUUGCCACAUUCAAGGGACGGAGCUGGCUGGGUCUGCUCAACCCGCUUGUCGCCGCCCAGUGCUUCGAGUACAAGAUGUCCAACAUCCUCGACAAGCCAAUGGAGAGUCUUUUCGGCUACUGUGCCGUGCUCCCGGGUGCAUUCUCUGCCUACCGCUACAUAGCGCUGCAGAACGAUGAGUUCGGCCGUGGUCCGCUGGCCUCGUACUUUGCGGGCGAGAGCAUCCACAGUGGGAAUGCGUCCUCGUUCACCGGGAACAUGUACCUCGCCGAAGACCGUGUGCUCUGCUUUGAGAUUGUUGCGAAGCCCCAUCACAACUGGGUCCUCAAGUAUGUCAAGUCGGCUGUCGGCGAGACGGACUGCCCCGACACGAUUCCGGAGUUCAUCGGCCAGCGUCGUCGCUGGCUCAACGGCUCGUUCUUCGCGGCCGUCUACGCCCUUAUCCACUUCCGCCAGGUGUGGCGUUCCGAUCACACGUUCAUCCGCAAGAGCAUGUUCAUGCUCGAGUGGAUUUACAACGGUCUCAAUCUGGUCUUCGGCUGGUUCUCGCUUGCGAACUUCUACAUCUUCUUCGUCAUCCUUACCAACGCGCUCAACGGUCCCGAGUUCAAUAUUAAGGGCAUCCAUGUUCUCAACACGAUUCUGCAGUACAUUUAUCUCGGCACGGUAAUCGCAUGCUUCAUCUUCGGCAUGGGCAACCGCCCGCAGGGCGCGCCGCUCAAGUACAAGGCUGCGAUCUACAUCUUCGCUAUCCUUACGUUCUACAUGUUGAUUUGCGGUGUGCUGUGCAUCGUCGAGGCGGUGCGGCAGAUGGACUCUCCCAUCUUCCAGCGCAUGAUCGUGUCGCUGCUCGCAACGUACGGUGUCUUUAUUGCGUCCAGUAUUCUUGCCCUGGACCCGUGGCACAUGUUCACCUGCUUCCUGCAGUACAUGCUCUUCCAGCCCACGUACGUCAAUGUGCUCAACAUCUACGCCUUUUCGAACCUGCACGACUUGUCGUGGGGCACGAAGGGCAGCGAUACAGUCGAGUCGGAUCUCGGCGCCGUCAAGGGAGUGGGCAAGGAUGUCGAGGUGCACCUCGUGUCAGCCCAAAAUGACAUCGACUCAGCCUACCAGGACGCGCUCGACAACAUCCGGAUCAAGAGAGCGCGCGUGGACGCCGAAGAGGUGCCGCACAAGCCCGAGGCCAAGGAGCAGAAGCAGAAGGACACCUACGCCAACUUCCGCACCAACCUCCUCCUCUUCUGGUCGCUUACAAACGCGCUGCUGGCCGGCCUCAUCCUCUCGGGUGACCCGUCGGGCGCGUUCACGCAGGGCGGAAACAAGCAGUCGGUGUAUAUGCUCGUCAUCCUCGUUUUCGUGGCUGGCAUGGCCGCCUUCCGUUUCGCCUGCGCAACGCUGUAUCUUAUUAUCCGCCUUUUUGUAGGAUAGACUCGAAUAGAUGUUGGACAGUGCAUGCAGUGCUUGCUG